UAUUAAUGGCGGGGAAUAGCAACCUACACUCUUCUCUCUUUUGUCCGUACAACUCAAUCUGAAACUACUAGUAAUCUCUUUGUGCCUCUGAAAUGGCGGCAGUUGAAAAGCAAUUGUCACUAGAAGAAGACGACGACGACUACGAGCACGGCUGUAAAGAGAGAGUUCUCCAGAAAUACUUCCUAAUCGAAUGGAAAAUUGUCAAAUCUCUCCUCGACGACGUCGUUUCAAACGGCCGCAUCACCGAUCCUUCCUCCGUCAACAAGAUACGAUCCAUUUUGGACAAGUAUCAGCAGGAAGGUCAAUUACUGGAGCCAUACCUAGAAACAAUGGUUACUCCAUUAAUGUCAAUAGUUCGUACUAAAACAAUCGAAUUAGGUGUAGAAACCGAUGAGAUUCUCGAAAUUAUUAAACCUAUUUGCAUAAUUAUUUACUGUUUAGUUACUGUUUGUGGAUAUAAAUCAGUUAUCAAGUUUUUUCCGCAUCAAGUUUCCGAUUUAGAAUUAGCGGUUAAUUUGUUAGAGAAGUGUCAUGAUACUGAAUCCGCGUCGUCGUUGCGUCAGGAGAGUACCGGAGAAAUGGAGGCGAAAUGUGUGAUUCUUUUGUGGCUUUCUAUUCUUGUUUUAGUUCCGUUUGAUAUAUCGUCUAUUGAUACGAGUUUUGCUAUUAGUGGUAAUGAUAAUGCUGGUAAACUUGAGCCUUCUCCUUUAGUUUUGAGGAUAUUGAGAUUCUGUCAGGAUUAUCUUUCUAAUUCUGGUCCUAUGCGAACUAUGGCUGGUUUGCUCCUCUCUAAGCUGUUAACUCGUCCUGAUAUGCCUGUCGCCUUUUCUAGCUUCAUUGAAUGGACACAUGAAAUAUUAACUUCCCGUAUAGAUGAUGUCUUGUCUCACUUCCAGUUACUAGGUGUUGUGGAAGCACUGGCUGCCAUUUUCAAGGCGGGUGGUCGGAAAAUCUUGUUAGAUGUUGUUUCUAAAGUUUGGAAUGAUACUUCAUCAUUGGUCAAGUCUGAUUCUGCAGCUCGCAGUCAGUUGCUUCGUAAGUAUCUGCUGAAGUUAACUCAGCGAAUAGGACUGAUUUGUCUUCCUCAUCGUUCACCGGCAUGGUGUUAUGUGGGCAGAACUAGCUCACUUGGAGAGAAUGGUUCUCUGAGUGCAACUAAAAGAGAAUGGAGUCAAGGUACAAAUGCUAACUCUACCGAACCAGAAGAAAUUACAAGCAACAUGCUAGAGGAAGAUAUGGAUGUUCCAGAAAUUGUUGAAGAGAUAAUUGAGAUUUUACUUUCUGGAUUGAAAGACGUGGACACAGUUGUACGUUGGUCUGCUGCAAAAGGUAUGGGCCGCAUAACUUCCCGUUUGACAUCUGUCCUUUCUGAGGAAGUCUUAUCAUCUGUUUUGGAGUUGUUUUCACCUGGAGAAGGUGAUGGAUCGUGGCAUGGGGCUUGCUUAGCAUUGGCUGAACUAGCUCGUAGAGGGUUGCUACUGCCUGUCAGCCUUCCCAAAGUUGUGCCUUUCGUAGUGAAGGCACUGCAUUACGAUAUUCGAAGAGGUCCACAUAGUGUUGGGUCUCAUGUACGUGAUGCUGCUGCCUAUGUCUGUUGGGCAUUCGGCCGUGCAUAUUAUCACACUGAUAUGAGAAAUGUCUUGGAGCAACUGGCUCCUCACCUAUUAACAGUGGCCUGCUAUGACCGUGAGGUCAACUGCAGAAGAGCAGCAGCAGCUGCUUUUCAGGAGAACGUUGGAAGACAAGGAAACUAUCCACAUGGAAUUGACAUAGUGAACACUUCAGACUAUUUUUCACUUUCAUCCCGAGUAAACUCUUAUCUUCAUGUUGCUGUCUCUGUUGCUCAGUAUGAAGGAUAUUUGUAUCCGUUUGCUGAAGAAUUGCUGUAUAAUAAGAUAGGUCACUGGGAGAAAGGCUUGAGGGAACUUGCUGCAGAGGCCCUUUCUGCUCUUGUCAUAUAUGAUUCUGAAUAUUUUACAAGCUUUGUUUUGGUGAAAUUAAUUCCCUCUACUCUAUCCUCUGAUCUAUGCUUGCGUCAUGGUGCGACCAUGGCUGUUGGAGAAGUUGUUUUGGCUUUACAUCAGUGUGAUUACACUCUUAGUGCAGAUCUACAGAAAGAUAUAGCUGGUAUAGUUCCUGCUAUUGAGAAAGCACGUCUUUAUCGUGGGAAGGGUGGAGAAAUAAUGCGUUCUGCUGUUUCCCGGUUCAUUGAAUGCAUUUCGUUAAGCCAUUUGGCAUUGACAGAAAAGAUAAAAAGGAGCUUACUUGAUACUCUUAAUGAUAAUAUGCGGCAUCCUAAUUCUCAAAUACAGAAUGCUGCUGUCAAAGCUCUCAAACACUUUGUUCAAGCAUAUGUUAUCAGUGGGAAUGAUGGAAGCGGAAGUGCUAUAACAUCUAAGUACCUGGAACAGCUGACUGAUCAAAAUGUUGCUAUAAGAAGAGGAUCUGCAUUGGCACUGGGUGUUCUGCCUUAUGAAUGUUUGACUUUCCAUUGGAAAGAUGUGCUUUUGAAGCUUUGUAGCUCCUGUCUAAUCGAGGAUAACCCUGAAGACAGAGAUGUUGAAGCACGGGUAAAUGCCGUCAAAGGACUCAUUUCAGUUUGUAAGACAUUAAGUCAGACUACAGAGUUUUCUGAUUUAUGUUCAGGAGAGGAUGGCAAGUCUUUGUGUCAUCUGAUUAAGAAUGAAGUGAUGUCAAGUCUGUUUAAAGCUCUAGACGAUUAUUCUGUUGAUAAUAGAGGUGAUGUUGGUUCCUGGGUUCGUGAGGCUGCUAUGGAAGGCCUUGAGACAUGUACUUUAAUCCUCUGCUUGACGGAUUCCACCAGAAUAUCAAAUGGAGUUGAGACUCCAUCACAGAUACCUGAACUGACUGAGAAUGAGCAAAUGCUUUUAUUAUUUGAUGCAAAUCUUGCAGCUCAUGUGAUUGAAGUAAUUGUUAAGCAAGCUGUAGAGAAGAUGGACAAAUUAAGAGAAGCUGCUGCAAAGGUCCUUCAUAGGAUUUUGUACAAUAAGAAAAUAUUUGUCCCAUUUAUUCCACACAGGGAAAAAUUGGAACAAAUUGUUCCUAAUAAAGAAGAUUUACAAUGGGCUGUACCCACCUUUUCACAUCCGCGUUUUUUACAAUUACUUCAGUUCAGUUGUUACAGCAGAGCAAUUCUAUCUGGCUUAGUUGUUUCGAUUGGUGGGUUGCAAGAUUCUUUAAGGAAAGCAUCAAUAUCUGCAUUGUUAGACUAUCUUCAAGCAGUUGAAACUGAAGAUGCGAAUGAGAAAAGGUCACGAGAGCAAAUGCUUUCUGCUGACACCCUUUGGAUUCUCCAACAAUACAUGAAAUGUGACAGGGUGAUUGUUCCCACAUUGAAGACAAUUGAGAUCCUUUUCAGCAAAAAGAUAUUCUUGGAUAUGGAGGUUCAUACUCCAACCUUCUGUGCUGGUAUUUUGGAUUCCCUUGCUGUUGAAUUGAAAGGAUCCAAGGACUUUUCGAAGUUAUAUGCUGGCAUUGCAGUACUGGGAUAUAUUGCUUCUCUUUCGGAUCCUGUAAAAAGCCGGGCAUUUGCUCAUCUUCUCACUUUCCUUUGUCAUCGAUAUCCCAAGAUCAGGAAAGCUUCUGCCGAACAAGUUUACCUUGUAGUCCUGCAAAAUGGAGAUCUUGUGCCAGAGGAAAAGGUAGAAAGAGCACUUGAAAUUAUAUCAGAAACUUGCUGGGAUGGCGACAUUGAGGCUGCAAGGCGUGAAAGAUCAGAGUUGUGUGAAAUUGCAGGCCUGGAUUUGGGACAAUUUACCAGUAGUAGACCUGUGAUAAAUAAAUGUAGUGAAAAGAGUCCGUACGUGCCUGAUGAUGAAAAUGCAUCAUACUCCUCGCUCGUUGGAUCAUCUGGGUUCUGACUCCUGACCGAUCAAACUGAAUAUGUUUAUGUUGUACAAACGUGAUGAUAUUUGCCCCUACUCGUGAAUUUGGCACAUUCACCAAAGGUUUAUCACUAUUUAUAAUUUUUCUGA